AAUCAGUCUACCUGUGGAUGUGCUGGACGGACGUACGCUCAAGUGUGGCCCAGGUGUGUUAGGUGAUCUCGACGCCUCGCCCCCCCCUCAGUGCCAGCUCCGGGGUGCCACAGGGAGGGUCGAAGGAGUGGCCCUGUGCCCUGUGUUGGUGGCUGAGGUGCGUGUGUGCGUGUGUGUGUGCGUCCAUCGGCGUGUUACCUGCGAGAAUUUACAGAGCAACACACGGCGAAUCUACUCGUGAUAAGAUGGUGUGAGGGGAGGGGCAGCACACAGCGGCGGGAGACAUGCGUGACGGAGGACUGGCAGCCGCGGGGCCCCUGGAGGCAGCCCACGGCCCCUCCCGCAGGCCCAAAACGCCACUGGGCUCCACCUCGUCGUGCUCGUCCAGCGUGGCGGGCGGCGGGCGGCUGCGGACGGUGCGGCUGGUGCGGCGGCCGGGCGAGACCUAUGGCUUUAGUCUGCGUGGCGGGAGGGAGCACGGCACAGGCUUCUUCAUCAGCCAUGUCGAAACGGACUCCGAGGCGUACAUGCAGGGGCUGAGGGCGGGUGAUCAGGUGGUGCGCGUGAACAACCUGACGGUGGAGCAGGCGGUGCAUCGGGAGGUGACGGCCAUGGUGCAGAGCAAGGGGUCCGUGGUACUGCACAUCAGGAGUACCGGUAUCAUCCCCCUCAAGGAGCACCGCGGCGACCCUCUGACGUGGCUGGUGGUGGACGAUGACGAGGACCUGUCAGACCUCGGCACGUCGGAUUCCUACGGGGGGGCGUCCAUGGAGGCUACGCCCCCGCCACCACCCCACGGCCACCCCCACACCGGGUACGCCAGGAUAUACCUCAACUGCAGCGCCAAAGUCGGCCUAGGGUGCAGCAUUUGCAAGGGGCCGUCGGAGAAGCCUGGGAUCUUCGUGCAGAGUGUGAAGGUGGGCGGCGUGGCCAGGAACGCAGGGCUGCGGCCGGGGGACCAGGUCAUUGCCUGCAACGAUGUCAGCUUUGCCCACCUGGAGUUUGCUGAGGCUGUGUAUGUGCUCAAGUCGUCGCCCCGCCUGGUGCUGGAUGUCCUGCGUGGGGCCGGCCUAGACCUGGUGGCCGGGGAGUCCUCGGGGUACAACUCUUCCGCCUCCUCUGUGGCUGGGGACCAGACACCUCCCUCCUCUUCCUCCUCAGACCCAAGGGACUCAGACCACAGCAUUGCCAGCAGGCUGAGUGCUGUGAGCCGUCACCUGACCCUGGACCGGUGCCGGAAUUGGCAGGAGAUAGAGAGUGAGUGGGCCGAGGCCGAGGCAGCAGACAAGAGGCGGCAGCUGCAGGCCUCCCAGAAGAUCCUCAAAACAAGGGCUCAGCGGGAUGCCAGCCACCGCCUCAGCAACAUCGGCAGCCGGUCACUGAGCAACCUGAGCAUGGCCCUGCGGGAGGAGGAGUACGAGGAGCAGCGCACUGCCUUCAGGGACCCAAACCCUUCCCCCAUCCACAAAGUGUCAUUCUUCCCACCGUCACAUGGCUCACUCAAGGCCUCACUCAGGAGCUCGCGAUCAACAGAUGACCUCUCGGAAGAUACAAGUCACAAGAUUGCCCUCCUGACCUCAGCUGACCCUCAUGUCAACAAUAUUGUGGUGACGGGUGGGCCCAAGGAUGAGCGUGAUGCUGUGUUCCGCCUUGAGCAGCUGUCCAGUUCCCAGUCCAGUUCCCCAUCCUCAGCGAGCAGGAGCUCCACCCUGAGCAGCAGCACGGUGACGGUGCGGUCAUCCUCAGGCAGCCGUAGCUCUUCUUCAUCAGGCAAGGCUACACCGUCACCGGCACCUGAGUCAUUGGUAGAACAGCAGCUGCAGGAGCUACGGAGGGAGCAACAGCGGCUGCAGGAGGAGGCCAACAGGCUGGCAGAGGACCGUCGCAGGUUUGAGGAGGAGAAGCGGCGAGGACUAGAAAGAACCCAGAGCGCCCCGCUGUCUCCCCUGGUGAUCAACUGCUUGGGUCAGUCCCUCCCCCCAAGCCACCAGCCUCCCCCCAGCCCCACCUCCUCCAUUGCUAGUGGCCGCCACACAACCCGGGUCCUCAUCAAGUCCCCACCCCCUCCCCCUCCACCUCGCAGAAACACCACCACUCUCUCCAACCACAACAGCCCCUUCCAGCCCCACCGGGUUUCCCCCCCAGCCUCCCCAGCUCACAGCAGCAGCAGCAGUGGGGUCAGCUCCUCCUGUGGCUCAGGCGCUCCGCCCCGGCGCUGCAAGAGCAUUGGAUCCAUCUCUGCCAGCAGUGGCGAGAGCACUGUGUGGGAGGACAGCCCAGUCCCUCCCCAGGCCCCUCCCCUGCCUGCCGGUCCAAUGUAUCGCUCCACUGGGCCUCCCCCCACCCCGCCAAAGCCCCCAGCACCUAACGCACCUUCCAGUAGCACAAAUGGCCCCCCACCCCCACCGCCACCCCCUCCUCCCCCACCCGCCUCCUCACUCCAAUUUGACUUAGCUGCUGCCCUAAAUAGAGAGUUGGAGCGUCGCCCGGCACAGGACGUGAAGCAGAUUGAAGCAAAACUCAGUCAGAACAAGAAAGACAAGCCCAAGGGCGUUCCAUCAAACCCCAAGGCAGCCCAGCAUGCCAUGUUAUUGGAAGAAAUCAAGGUAAAGCAGAAGAAAAUGCUGUCAAAGCAAACCAUUGAUGAUGCCACACAAGAUGAGGAGAAGUCGGAGAAGAAAGAGCCGGAGAAACCCAGCAAGCCACAGCCCAGUAAUCCCCCGAGAGCCCCGUCACCGCCUCCAGGUCCAAGUGUUGAAUUCUCCUCCAAGAUCAUCAGCAAGAGCAAGGUGCUGAGCCAGACCCAGAAGGAGACCAGCCACGUCAAGGCAGCCACCUCAGCUCUGACCAACGGCAUCACCAUCACCCCCACCAACAUCAGACUUACCAACCCUACCACCAAGCCUUCCACCACCACCACCACCACCAGCAAACCUUACACCAACACCACCACCAUCAAGCCUAACACCACCGCCGCCAACACCAUCAGUGCGGCAGGGAUCACCAAGUCUAGGGUCAGCAUUGGUGGCUUCCCCUCAAAGCUACCAGUUAGCAAGACCCUCUCAGGACCACCUAACAAAGAAAUGUCAACUGCGGCCAGGGCAGCAAUAUUUGAAACACAGCAAUGGAGUGAGCGGUCGAGAGGCAGCGGCAGCGUCAACAAGCGUCCCUCACCAGAUGUCCCCAGCAAGCCUCGGCCCCACUCCGCCACCACCACCGCCGCCAUCAUGAAGGAGUUUAGGCCUGAGGAAAAGCCAUCACAAGCAAACCUCAAACCUCCAAGUGCAUAUUUUGAUUCACAGAAAAAGCCCUCUGCUGGGAAACCUCUCGUGUCUAUCAGUGCCUACCCCUCACCCAGCCACAGACCCACACCCGUCAAGAUGGACUUCCUGCCCUCAGCUAAGAUUGAGGUGAAUGGGGUUAAUGUUGGGGACAGCCAUGCCACAAAAGAUGUCCUGCAGAAUGAGCUCAAAUCAACGCUCACUCGCUCCAACCUACGGCAACGCAGCACAGUAGGGAAUGUGUUUGAGGGGCCCAUACCUCCUGCUGCCUCGAGUGCCUCCACCAGCACCACCACCAAGCCCUCCUUCACCACCACCACCAUUGUCAACACUGCCACCCCCCCUAAGGCCUCCUUGUCCAGCAAGUACGGCAGUAUAGGCAAUGGCACAAAAGGUGAGAGCAUCAAAGAGAAUGAGGCUCCAGAGUGUCCUCCCGCAGGCAUCCUCAAGCCCACCUCAGGCCCUCCCUCCAUCAGGCCCCUCCAGAAGACCAUAUCAUUUGGUGACGUAACAACAGUAGGAGAGAGUGAGCCGCGGGCGUAACGGCAGGGAGCACAGGAAGGCUGCCGCUUCUUCAAGUCAUGUUGUGCUAGGCUCAGGCCGUGUAUCAUAUCUGUAAACCUAUACUACUGUCUGUAUCAUAAUGUAUUUCAGUAUACUACUCUUUGUAUCUAAUCUGGUCACUUGUAAUUAAAGAAUAUAUUAUAUAUAUAUUUUUAAAUACUAUUGUACGUCUAUAUAAGGCUUGUAAUGUCUGUCAGAGUUUUCAAACAUUUUGAAAACUUUUUUUUUUUUUUUUUAAUGCAAUUCUUUUCUAGAACACUUUCUAGUUUUGUACACAUGAAGUGUUUCUGUACAUAGCUAUAUACAUACAUAGAAAAAGAUAUUUGUGGUUGUACCUGUGAAAUGUGUAUAUAUAUUUUGAAUAUUUACUAGUGGUUUCAUAGAGUGUUAUUCAAAAGAGUGAAUGUAGUGGUUCACCAAGCUACCCAAAAUAACCAUACCUUACAUACACUAAACACUAACAUCAAUUAAUAAACAAUUUAUGCAGUGUG